GGUCAGCCACGUUAACGUUAGUGGAAAAGGGGCAAUUUAAAAUAUAUUUGUUUUUAUCGCACUAAAGUUCAUUUUAUUGAGAUACUUUGUGUUUUAAACUGCUAACGAUCUAAAUGCAGCAUAAUGUAGAGGGUUAAAAUGUUUUGUUUUGCCUUUGAAAUGUGAUUUACCCAUGUUGGCUAAUGCAAAGCUAUGUAUGAUAAUAUAAGUAGCACGAGCUUGCUGUCGAAUUGCCUGUGCAUUGUAAUGUACUUUGCUAGUUGAAAACUUAAGUUGAGUUCAUGUUAUCAACACUACAGAUGCCGUGCUGUGGAAUAAACGGUCGAGCCACGAUCCCGAACCCCUUUGUUUCUGAGUCCCCGCUCUCUACCACCACCCACGAACACACACAACACAACGCAGAGUAGCAGAGGCGGUGCUAGGGCCCAGUAAGCGUGCGGAGAGAGAGAAAGAGAGUUACACAAGUAAAUGGAUGGCGCUUGCAUAUUCUAAACACAAACCACGUCUUGUCUAUUUGCUAGUAUAUUUGGGAUAUUUAACAAUUAUUAGUGGCAGUUCAUAAUGUUCUUUUCAUUAAGAUAAAGUCCCGCCUCUGGGAGGUUCAGGAAAUAGCACCUCCUGUGUUCUGCAGCUUUUUCACAGAGAAGCUCAAACAAAUUUCACAGAUUCAGCAGUCAAUACCAAGAGACAUGACAGAGGACCCAGCUUCACCCGGAGAAUACCCCGAUUACUACGAUAAUGUGACCAAUGAUAACGGACAACCAUGCAACAAUGGCCACACAAAGGCCUUCAGUGAAGUCUUUAUUCCGAGCCUUUACAGCAUCGUCUUCAUCAUUGGUUUCAUUGGGAACGGUCUGGUAGUGUGGGUGCUUUUCAGAUGCCGUCGCAAAUCCAACAUGACGGACGUGUGCCUUUUUAACCUUGCCCUGUCUGACCUUUUCUUUCUUGUGUCCCUCCCCUUUUGGGCUCAUGCUGCCAUGGCCGAUUGGAUCUUUGGUAAAUUCUUGUGUCAUACCGUGACAGGGCUUUACAUGCUGGGUCUUUAUGGCAGUAUUUUCUUCAUGGUCCUUAUGACGUUUGAUCGCUAUGUCAUCAUCGUCCAUCCCCACAACAUCUUCUCCAGAAACCGGUCUGCAAAAAUGGGUGUGGUAUUGGCCUCGUGCGUGUGGAUGCUUAGCCUGUUCGCAGCUCUCCCUAACAUUAUAUUUGCCCAUGUGAAUAACGAGACAAAUCAUUCGCGACAUUGUACUUCAAACUUUACAGAGGGCUGGAAGGUAUUUUCUUACCUUGAACUAAACUUCCUAAGCCUGGUUCUCCCUCUGAUUAUUAUGGGCUAUUGUUACGCCCGCAUCAUCCCCACUCUGAUAAGCAUCAAAUCACAAAAGCGACACAAAAUCGUUCGACUCAUUCUGGCUGUGGUGGCUGUGUAUUUCCUAUUCUGGACACCAUACAACGUUGCCAUAUUCCUUCAGUUCCUGUAUCUGAAUGGCUACCUGAACACUUGUGAGUGGCAAAAUGGUUUAAGCAUGGCCAUGCAAUGGGUGGAGACUAUUGCCUUCAGCCACUGUUGCCUCAAUCCCAUCAUCUACGGCUUUGUUGGAGAGAAGUUCAGAAGAACGGUCAUAAAGGUGGUGAAAGAGCAGUUUCCUAUGUGCUUCAGACAAUGCGUUACAUUCUCGCAACAGCUUUCUGAACGCAGAGGCUCAGUCUUCUCAAGAUCUACUGAAUAUUCCAGCACACAUUUCAUGUAGUGCACUUUUGAUGCAUUUCGAAAUUAUACACUUCAUUCCUCCUAUGCAAAUUUAAAAGGUUAUUUCAUUUUGAGCAAGUCCUAUUCCUUCAAACACAGAGUUCCUCUUUUUUACUAAAUAUAUUACACUGUAAGUUUAUCUACGUAUAAGAUUUAGAAAUAAUUUCUAUGUUGUGUUUUUGAAUGUUUUGUUUGCAUUAUGGAUGUGAAGGCUAUUAUAUAUCUUGCUGUCAGAGCUGGUGCUUAAAUAUGUGCAAAAUUGUAACUUUUUGUUAAGCAAUUCUCACUGUUGAUAUCUACAAAUGCAGAUCACAGCUUCUAAGAUGAAUGUACAACUGUAUAUUAUCUACUGAAUGUAUUUUUGUAAAGGGUUCUAAAACAUUUUUUCCUUAUGACUUUUUUGUAUUAAGCCAUUUAAAGUUUUGCCUGUAGCUUCUUUGUGUAGUACUGCUUGUUAAAAUGUAAUAUUAUUACAUUAUAUUAAAUUAUAUUAUAUUAUAUAAUAUUUGUUUACUUUGAAUGCACUGUGAGCCACUUUGCAUAAAUGCAUGCAAAAUGUAUAAAUGUCAUGUUUACAUUCCAGUAUUCAAUAAAUGACUGAAAAAUAU